CACCCUAUUCCUUAUCCGCUGUGGUUCCUCUCACCGAAGUACUUUCCUGUUACGAGCCCACUUCUCUCCAUCUAAACUUUCGCCAAAAUGUCGAACCUUGAUCCAAAUGCAAUCCUAAGAGGCGCCCAACUCACUCUUGUGGGCGCCUACCGAGCUCUCCAGAAUCCCCGACUCUUCAACACUACGCUCUAUAAACAAGCGGCGAUUGCUGUUGCAGCCGGCUUUGCUAUCCGUAUUAUCAUUGCCAUACCGAGUUUGCUUGUCCGCGUUCUGUUGUUUUUCGUGGGAUUCAUUAUCGAUGUGGGAUCCUCGCAAUGGGACCAAAGGAUGCUCUCCGGCUUGACCUUCAUCGAGAAGAGCGUGCUACAGCUGCCUUUCUUUAUGAUGAGCGCCAUGCGCUUCGUCAGCCCUGCGAUGGAUGAAAUGUUCAUGAAGUCACUCGAAUGGGUUGAUCACACGUAUGUCGUGAAGCACAAAUCAGAAGACCCGACCACGCUGAGGGCGAUGUACUAUCCGAAUCUUCGCCAGUAUGGGGACAGUAAGCAAGUUACAGGAGGUCCACCGAAGGACAAGAAGUCGGUUUAUCGGAACGUGCUCUUGUUUGCGCAACGCUAUGCCAAGCGUGCCGCGAUCUCGAUGGGAAUAUACCUUCUCACAUUUGUGCCCUACAUCGGACCCUUCGUCCUACCUGCCGCAUCCUUCUACUCCCUGAACGACGCCGUCGGUCCCGAGCCAGCAGCAGUCGUUUUCGCAUGCGGCUUCUUCCUCCCGAAGCGGUGGAUGGUGAUGGUGCUUCAAGGGUUCUUCGCGAGUCGGAGUUUGAUGCGUGAACUAUUGGAGCCCUACUUUUCUCGGAUCCACUUCACCAAGGAACAGAAGAAGCGUUGGUUCCGUGACAGACAGGGCCUCCUCUUUGGCUUUGGCGUCGGCUUCUACCUCAUCCUCAAGACACCCCUUCUAGGUGUCUUGAUCUACGGCAUUGCGGAAGCAAGCACAGCUUAUUUGAUCACCAAAAUCACCGAUCCUCCUCCACCUCCCUCUGAGAGCGAUGACUUUGCUGAGACCCAGGUGGCUUGGAAGAACAAGAAGGAGUUUUUGACGCUGGAUCUAGCUCACCUAGAUAGACUGAACACCACAGAUGAUGGCGAGAAGAAGGAGCUGUAGGGUUAGGGGUUACUUACAUAAACUUUGGGCGCUUUGGGAGCUUUGGAGAAUAUAAUUGAGUAGCUAUCGGGACUGCUUGCGUUUGAAACUAUAUGCAUAGAACGAGGUAUCCCGCUAAAAUACACUUGCAUCUAUGCAUUGCUGUUACGUGUCUUGUAGCUCCUUUGGGACGGUGAUCACAGAUCUCGGCAGGGAAGCGGC